AUGCACAGAGCGCCCGGCUUCCGCGGCUUCACCGAGAUCGCCUGGCGGCCCGACCCGCCGUGGGAGGCCAAGAUGGACCCCGCGUCGGGCCGGCCUUUCUACCACAACACGCAGACGGGCGAGACGACCUGGACCGCGCCGACUUCGAACCAGAACGUCGGCGUCACGAUGGACGGCACAGGCGGUGAUGCGUCGAAGCUGCAGAUUCCGAUGCCUGACAAAGAGAAGGAGCCCGAGCGGUACGCGGCCUGGGAGAAUUUGAUGGGCCACCUGAAAAGUGGCGGGAAUAAGGGUGAUGGUAUGUGCGGCGACUUCCAGAGGGGCAAUUGUACGAGAGGGGCGAACUGCAAGUUCAGCCAUGGGGACAUCCCGACGCGAGGCACGCAAGCCACAGACUCCAAAGGCGUGAACAUGUGCAACGACUUCCUGAAGGGCGAUUGUUUUAGAGGUGCUAGGUGCAAGUUCAGUCACGGCGACGACCCGAAGAACCAGACGAUCGGGACCGGUUUAAAUCCGCAGGAGGCCUAUGGUCCGAGAGGUGGCGGCGGCCCGGGCGGUGGCUACGGCGGAGGGUAUCAAGGAGGCUACGGAGGCGGGCGCGGAGGGUACGGGGGAGGGUACGGCGGACCGGGAGGGCCGCCGCGCGGCGGCUACGGCGGCGGUUAUCCGAGGGACUCGCGCGACGACUACCGCGACCGGCGGGACCGCGGUUCUGAUGAUCGGCGGCGGCGCUCUCGCUCUCGCUCGCGCGGGCGCCGGCGCGACGACCGGUCGCGGUCCCGGGGCCGCCGGCGCGACGACCGCGACCGGGACCGGGACCGGUCUGGGGGGCAGCGCUAG